GCCUUGAAGAUUACCUAAAUCAACUAGGACUACUAGAUCUAGAUCUAAAUGUCAAACGAAAAUAUGUGGAACCCACAGAUUAGAGGCAACCAAACAUUGAUGGGGAAAAAAUAUAUCGAUAUGCCUAUAAAUCUAGAUCUAUAUUAUUUAAAGUGGAUUCGAAAUGCUAUUAUAAUUUAAAUUACUUUUACUAGGCCUACAAAUAGAUCCUAUAAUUAAAAAAAAUUCGAACUUGGCUUAUUACAACACAUUUUUAUCUGGAUUAUUGAAGAAUAGGUUUUACAAGCCUACCAGUGAAAGAAACAAUGGAUGCAAAGAUAGGAAGAAAUGAGAGACUUGAGCUAGUAAGAAAUUGUAUUGAUAAAAUCUGGUCACAUCUAGAGGGAUACAUUGCCCUUGUGAACACACACGGAGCCGAGUUUAUAACUGAGAGGCACUGGGACAAGUUUGUGCCUAAACCUGUGCAAGACUUUUUGAUGACAUGCAGCUCAGAAGAUCUAGUUACCUUGCCAAUGAAAGGUGUCUCAGCCAGCCCUGGGUCUGAUGAAAAAAUUCUAUGGUUGACAGCUUUUAUAAGACAAUCACACGAGUUAUUUCUGGAGAACCUGGGUGUCCUGACUCCAGUGGAAGACAUAUUAACUGUACCGAACUGCCACACUGAAGAAGACUACCAUGAAAUCGUCUCCGAGUCCAUGUCCAUGAAAAAGUACCACGAAGUUGGCAUCAUGUCAGACACUGUGUCUGCUCUGUACAAGUCUUGUGCUGCUCAUGUGGUGAUAGACUUUGGGAGUGGUAAAGGAUACCUGAGCACUGACUUGGCAAGAAAACACCAGAUACCUGUUGUUGGCCUGGACUCUAGUGACAACAAUACCCACAGUGCUCAGAGGCGGGAUGCCAGACUUGCCAAGAGGUGGAAUAUUUUAACCAAGAAAAAAAGAAAAAAGACUAAGAGUUUCACAAUUGGUACUGACAGUCCAGUGAUAAAAAAUAAAGAACUCUCCUGCAUUAAAAAUAAGAAUGCCAUAAAUUAUAGUAAAACUUGUGAAUGUGAAUCAACCAGCUGUGAGCAGUGUUCUGAGACUGAUAUUUGUGAUCUCCUGGCCGCUCAGAGCUUAAGCAACUCUACAGGUGCUGCUAAAGUAGAGGACCCUGCCGGCACACUGCCUGACGCAGUAACCACAAGCCUGUACGUGCCAGUCACACUGUUUGUUGAUGAAGACCUUCGCCUACAGCAGCUGGUGCAGGAGACCGCAGCACACCUGUACCAGAACAACAGGUGUGGCACCACAUCAAGAUUCUUGUUGACAGGUUUGCACACAUGUGGGAGUUUGGCCGUCACAGCCAUGAGACUGUUCUUGAAAGAUUCCUCCUCUCAAGCACUUUGUUGUGUGGGCUGCUGCUAUCAACUGAUGGAAGAAUCUGGAGAACUGUGUGAUUUUCCUUUGAGCUCUUAUGGUCAAAGUCUUAAGCUCCAUCUUGGGCGUAAUGCCAGAAACUUGGCAUCACAGUCUAUACAGAGGAUACAAGACUCCAAACAGCUCCAGGGCCAUGAUUUCUACUGGCGGGCGCUCCUGAAUAUUCUCCUGACAAAGCUCAGAAUUCCUGUACCAUCCAGGAUCUACGGGAUGCGAAACCUGAUCAAACGGAGUCAGUCUUUCCAUGAUUAUGCCAGAAAGUCAGUUGAAAAGUUGGGGCUCAAUUCUGAUGUGGUGACGGAGGAAUUAAUCAGAGAAACAGAAGAAGAGCACAAAGGUGUUCAGCACAUGAUGGCAGCAUUUUUUCAGCUCAAGCUUGUCCUCUCACCUGUGAUUGAAGCUUUGAUUCUACUUGAUCGGCUCCUGUAUCUGUUGGAGCAGGAAAAAGUACGGAGUGCCUUUUUGGUGAAGCUUUUUGAACCAGUCACAUCACCUCGAUGCUAUGCUAUUAUUUCUUUAAAAGAAGAUUUGUGAUUAAUAUAUGUUGGCAUUAAUCCAUUUAAAACAAUCAAAAUGAAUUAAAAUGUGUUAUUACUUUGUUG